CGUAGUCUUUUUAGUUACUAUCAACCGGUUCGUUGGUUAAAACAAAGACAAAUUCGCCCGUGGUUCACAAACCACGUGCGGGUUUUUACGUUUUUGAAUACACUUAAUCGGCAUAAAAUAAAGAGGAAACUUAGUCGUUACGCGAUUAUACUUAUUUAGUUGAUUAUCGUGAGAAUACUCACUGUCUCCUUUUAAAAUAUUAAUCUACAAAUAUGGUGCUGUCGUGUCGAUUUUACAAGGAGAAAUAUCCUGAAGUGGAAGAUGUGGUGAUGGUGAACGUACGCAGUAUAGCUGAAAUGGGUGCUUAUGUGCAUCUAUUGGAGUAUAACAACAUUGAGGGCAUGAUAUUGCUCUCUGAAUUGUCCAGGAGACGUAUUAGGUCUAUCAAUAAACUUAUCAGAGUAGGCAAAACUGAACCAGUUGUAGUUAUUCGUGUAGACAAAGAGAAAGGUUAUAUUGAUCUAAGCAAACGUCGUGUAUCUGCUGAGGAUGUGGAAAAAUGCACAGAAAGAUAUGCUAAGGCUAAAGCUGUUAAUUCAAUUUUAAGACACGUUGCGGAAUUGUUACACUAUGACAGUGAUGAUCAACUAGAGGAACUAUAUCAGAAAACUGCCUGGUAUUUUGAGGAAAAAUAUAAGAAACAGAAAGCAUCUGCUUAUGAUUUCUUCAAGCAAUCAGUUUUGGAUCCCUCGAUUUUAGCAGAAUGUGGUCUUGAUGAGCACACAAAGGAAGUAUUGUUAAAUAAUAUCAAACGGAAACUUACUUCCCAAGCAGUGAAGAUCAGAGCUGAUGUAGAAGUGGCGUGUUAUGGUUACGAGGGAAUCGAUGCUGUUAAGGCUGCAUUGAAGUCUGGCUUAGCACUUUCCACUGAAGAACUUCCUAUCAAAAUUAAUUUGAUUGCUCCUCCCUUGUAUGUUAUGACAACAUCUACACCAGAAAAACAAGAUGGUCUGAAGGCAUUAAAUGACGCGAUCGAGGUAAUCCGAGAUAAAAUCACGUCACUCGGAGGUGUAUUCAACGUUCAAAUGGCUCCAAAAGUGGUCACUGCUACGGAUGAGGCAGAAUUGGCGCGACAAAUGGAACGAGCAGAACUAGAAAAUGCAGAAGUUGCUGGUGAUGAUGAUGAGGAGGAAGUAGAAGGAAUGGAUGGCGAUUUUAGCGGCGGUGAAGGAACUGAGCAAAACGACAAAUUCAGAGACGCGUCACAAGAAGAAAACUAAAAAUCCAUACAUAUAUAUAUACAUAUAAAUAUAUAUAUAUAUAUAUAUAUAUAUAUAUAAAUAAAAUAUAAAUUUAAUUAA